CGCCUUCUCCAGUUCUGCUCGGUUGCUCGAAAACGUACGAUCGGUACGAGCGCGCGUGUCGGUCGCUCCGUAGCCGUUUGGUGGCACGAUCGAGUUUAGGGUUACAUACGCGUGCUUACACACCUUCCUACGGUGGCCAAAUCUCAGCUACCACGGUGGCCUACAUUGCACAUACACAACCCAGCGUGCUGAUUAGCCACGAAUUACCUUCCUCACACUAGACCAGCAACACGGAAAGGUUGGCUUUUAAUUUCGGGUGGGAACAGGGGCUCCACGGACGACGCAUUCAACCCCUCCCUCGCGCGCUCACCAAAAAACACAAGCGAAACAAGCGUCAAAACAACCGUUACCGGGGAUCGUCGUCAUCGAAACCGCCGAGGCCACUCUGUCGUGGUGUCAGCUACGUUUUUGGGGUGGUUCACUUUCUUGAAGUUUGCAAAUUUGCGUUCAAGUUUAGCGGAGUGGUAAAGUAGGCAGCGAACCCCGGAGAGUGCGCAUGUAUCCACGGUGACAACAAUGUGACAGACGGUUGAAGGUUUGUCAGUGCCAUCACAGCCGUAAUCUUCCCCGAGUUCGAGUGUUUUGGGUCAUCCGCAGCGAUCCUCAGUGAGUGUGAUAUGUAAUUGGGGAGUCACCCUGUGUGUGUGCGUGUGUUUGAAAUGCCUCCGAGUGCACACCGAGUGCGGCCAGUGUGUAAACGUGUACCAGACUAAUUGGAAUUGGCCUGGAGUUUGGUGCUUUUGGCGUUCAGUGAUGAGCCGUUGGAGAAGUUGAACGAUACGCUACGGCAGAUCCCCUUAGAUGAGACGCCUUUCGAAUGGUGCGACAGAGCUAAUGCGCAUGGCGCAUCUAAUUGUGAACAUCAGCAACAGAACAACCGACGGCCAACUACUACUACCAGGGGAAAAGUUACACCAAGCAAGCUUUUAGCCAUCCACCAAGUGCAGCAAGCAGUUUUGGUUGUUUUUUUUUUUUGCCAACGUAGUACUACAACUGCUAUAUCUUCGUGCUCACUGCUCACCGAACCAAUUACAAAAUGCCCUGUCCAGCGUCCUGUUGUUCGUUUGCUGGCCACGGAAGCGGAAGUUCCACCGGACCGGACAGCAAUACCCACGUAACAGAGAAACACUACGGCUGCUACAAGGCGGGCAUCUUCUUCGCGCUCGCCAUCAUCCUGCUGCUGCUGGCCGGCUGCCUGCCCGUCUUUCUGCUCACCACCAACAACAACCUGAUCCUGCUGAUCCUGCUCGUGACGCUGCUCGCCAUCGGGCUGGCCACCUUCGUCUAUCUCCGCUGGCAGCGCAAUCGGGCACUCGCGAUGCGGCGCACGUACGAGCAGCAAAAGUUUACGCUGACACGCGUCCAUCACUCUUCCGGUGCGGGCAACGGCGCAACAACACCGACCACCGCCGUCACGGCCGCUGUUGUCCCCGACACGCCGAAGAAUAAUGGCAUCGGUGCUGGCAUGGGGACGGGCAUCAUCACCACAAGCACCCCAAUCGCACUCUACGGGCAGACGACUGCAGCCUCCAACAGCAAGCUGGGUGAGCAGAUGGCCGGCAUGGGGACGGUGGGCACCAUCAAAACCGAUCCGGACGGGACGAUGCAACGAUCCACCAAAAGCCCACCGCGAUAUUCAUUCAUCUGAAGCGGAAUAAGGGAAGAACAAAAAAACACCAUGGGAAAAAAGUGCCUACAAUAAUGUUGAUAAAUAUGCACCCCGACUGCGGUGGUUACCGAAGUGCGCUCUCUGUGGGGCUCCCUCCCACUGACGGAAUCUCUCUUUUUUGUGUGUAUUUUUGACAAUUUUUUCGUUGUUAAUUUCCUACAUGGUGGUAAAACAUUAAUUUUCCCACACACAAACACGCGCGCCCUUUUUGUCGAGGUGGUGCUGUUGCCGUUCGGUCAAUAUUUUAUACCGCAGCGCGGUAAUCAACCUCAAACAUAAAUCGCGCAUACUGGGACAUUGGCACAUUGCAACGU